AUGGAGUAUUUCGAGUUGAUGAGGGUUCUUUUUCCGAUUACUCAAGACCGGGGGAGAAUCAAGGUUGGAACUCCAGAAGAUACGAGGAGGGUUUCCACCCACGCUAUCAACCACGGGGCAGGAAUCAAGGAUUGGGCUGAGCAGGAUGAUCAGGAGGACCAUACUCACUUGAGUGAAAGCCCAAAAUCUAAAGGGAGUGCAAGUAGUCCUCGGAUAAAUGAUUUGCUAUCGUGUAUACUCAUUAAAGUUGAGGGGUCUGAUGAUUUGCUAAAGGGAAUGAAAGAUGACUUUUCAUCAUUGAACAGUAAAGUAACUUCCCAUGCCCAUGCCAUCAAAAUGCUGGAACUAUUCAAGAGCUUAUCAAUUAACAUUCCUCUGGUAGAAGCAUUGUUGGAAAUGUUGGGAUAUGCCAAAUUCAUGAAAGAACUUGUUACCAAGAAAAGGAGCUUGGACUAUGAAACAAUUACGGUGCCCCAUAGUUGCAGUGCAAUUAUGACAAAUGAUUCAAUCAUUAAGAGAGAAGAUCCUGGGGCGUUCAUAAUCCCUUGCACAAUUGGCAUGCUCCAAUUUGCUAAAGCCUUGUGCGAUUUGGGAGCAAGCAUCAACUUGAUGCCUUAUGAAAUAUACAAACAACUUGAUUUGGGGGAACCAAAGGCAACCACAAUGAGACUCCUUAUGGCUGAUCGAUUAAUCAAGCACCUAGUGGGGAUACUCUAUGACAUAUUAGUAAAAGUGGACCGGUUCAUCUUUCCAGCUAAUUUUGUGAUUCUAGAUUGUGAAAUAGAUGCUGAAAUCCCCAUUAUUUUAGGAAGGCCAUUCUUAGCUACCGGGAGAGCAUUGGUGGAUGUUGAAAGCGGGAAAUUGAAGUUUCGUGUGAACAAUGAUGAGGUGACCUUUAAUAUCUGUAAAUCUAUGAAGCAACCAAGUAAUAUCCAUGUGGUGUCUACCGAGGAUGUGAUAGAUGAUGAAGUGGAAAGUGUAAGUCAUUUAAUGCGCAAGAAUGAAUACCUUGAAUCUGUACUUGCCAAUUAUGAUGAAUCCGAAGUUCAGGGCUACGAGGAAGUGGUAGCUGCUUUAUCAAGAUUAGGAGCAUAUUCAAGGAAUCCAAUCAAGUUGGAUAUCGACCUGAAAAAUAGAGAACGUCCCCUUGCAAAUCCAUCGACAGAAGAACCACCAAAUCUGGAGUUAAAAGCCCUACCCUCUCAUUUCAAAUAUGCCUUCUUAGGAGCCAAUAAUACUUUGCCGGUAAUUAUCGCUGCCAAUCUUCUUGAAAAGUAG